GUCUUUAUUUUGGUAAAACUAAAUCAAGAUUUUUAGAUCUCCUCUUUCUCUCUCUCUUCCGAUCCAAGUAAUCUCCUCGGUGUGUUCAACAACAGUCUCGAGCGCCGACAAUUUACUUCAACAUAAUCUCGAUCUGAGUUUUUCUCGCCUCAAGAUCCGAUAUCAAUUUGCUUCCACUUCCAAUUGAUUCAGUAGCGUUCUGAGCAUCCUUCUGAAUUGUGUUUUUCAUUGAUGUUAUGAUAUGGUUUCCAAGCUUGGAAGCUAGGGUUUCUCUUGGCCAUGGCAACCUCCCAAACUCCAAGUUGGCGGGAGGGUAUGUCCUCUGAUAACAUUAAGGGCUUGGUUCUUGCUCUUUCCUCUAGUUUCUUUAUUGGUGCUAGCUUCAUUGUUAAGAAAAAGGGCUUGAAGAAAGCCGGCGCUUCAGGAGUCAGAGCAGGAGUUGGAGGUUAUUCUUACUUAUACGAGCCACUAUGGUGGGUGGGGAUGAUUACAAUGAUUGUAGGAGAAAUUGCUAAUUUUGCGGCUUAUGCAUUUGCUCCAGCGUUACUGGUUACUCCACUUGGUGCUCUCAGCAUAAUUAUCAGUGCAGUACUUGCACAUAUUAUUUUGCGGGAGAGGUUGCAUAUUUUUGGAAUUCUUGGAUGCGUUCUUUGUGUAGUGGGUUCCACAACCAUUGUGCUCCAUGCUCCUCAAGAACGUGAAAUUGAAUCUGUAACUGAAGUGUGGCAAAUGGCCAUGGAGCCAGCCUUUCUGUUGUAUGCAGCAUCGGUCAUGACAACUGUGUUUAUACUUAUAUUCCACUUUAUACCACAAUAUGGCCAGACUCACAUUAUGGUUUACAUUGGUGUAUGUUCCCUUGUAGGAUCUUUGUCGGUCAUGAGUGUCAAAGCAAUAGGAAUUGCCUUGAAGCUAACAUUGUCAGGAAUGAACCAGCUAAUAUAUCCUCAAACGUGGAUAUUUACUUUAGUUGUGAUUACUUGUGUGCUCACCCAGAUGAAUUAUUUAAACAAGGCACUAGACACUUUUAAUACAGCUGUUGUGUCCCCAAUAUACUACGUUAUGUUCACAUCAUUUACCAUCUUGGCCAGCGUGAUUAUGUUUAAGGACUGGGACAGGCAGAGCCCAACACAGGUUGUAACGGAGAUGUGUGGAUUUGUGACCAUUCUUUCAGGAACUUUUCUUCUUCAUAAAACAAAGGACAUGGCUGAUGGUUCAGCGGGAAACUCAUUGCGACUCUCUAAGCAUGCUGAUGAGGAUGGUUUUAGUGGUGCAGAAGGCAUUCCUCUUAGACGGCAAGAUUCCUUGAGGUUGCCUUGAUGCCUAAAAAACAAGUACUGGUUUUGUUCAGGUUUUUCAUGCCGACAUCAACUUGUAUUCUAUCACAAAUUUCUACCCCCUUGAUGUUCCUUUGUGGAUAAAGUAGAAGAUAGAAAGGUGAGAAUUUUCUAUCAUUUCCAUUCUAUCUCCCAAGACUUGACCAUGAAUGGGGGUAAUGCCUAUUGCCUUUGUACACAAGUUCUUGCGACUCCACAAAAUUCAUAUGAAAGAUGCAAGCCAACAGAAUUCUUUAUCAAUCAAUUGGUAAUACAUAUUGCCUCUCUCUCCACA